UAUGGCAGAAGUGAGACAAGUGACAUUGAUAUCUGAUGGAGAGGUCUGAUAAAACUAACAUUAUAAAUUUACGUACGCAUUCUUGUGUAUCGUUUUGUCGGUUUAAAAUGAACUUCAAACUUUCUUCUUAAGUUACAGUGUCCCUAAAUAAUACAGAAAAAUCAAGAUAGGCAUAAGACAGCCGAGCAGGAGUCUGACACACGUGACGUAGAUGCUGCCAGGAGCAGGAGUGACUGUCUGGUUAGCGCUUCCAGCACUGCUGCUAGCUGCCGAAGACCUGGACUCCAGCACCUGCCUCACCCUCGACCCAUUCGACAGCGCGCUGCCCCAGACCACACCCUCACCCUACACCCUCUCUUGUAGCAAGACUGGGAAGAUCACGAAUCAGGACUCAGUCAUCUUCACCAUCAAGUCCUCGCGACCUCGGGUCGACUUCCGACGGUUCGUGGUGCAGGCACUGGACCGCGAGAGCGGUGUGGCCGUGGGCAUGUUCGUGGACACAGGAGACGCCGACAUCACUGUCGUCAACUGUUUUGGUCGUUCUGAGAACACUGCGAUAGAGUUCGAUACGGAGCCGAAGACAGAAGCGCGCAUGAGAUGGAUGCCUGACUUUGACUACGCAGGCAAUAUCACAUUCUUGGCUACAAUUGUCCAGUCCGGGGAGAUAUUCUGGCUGAGAGAGAAGGGAGAUUCAAUAUCUGUAUGCAACCCGUGGUAGAACUAUAUAUGUAUGUUUGUAUAUUUUGUUUGCCGUAAGUCAUACUGUGUUAUCAUUUCAAACCCCUCUUUCGCGUUAGGAAAAUUCUGUCCACACACAAUAUACAAAUAAAUAAUCUCACAAAAGUCGAAUCGUUCCAUAUUUGCAACAAAAUUGUUUUACUUACAAUAUUCUAGACUGUAUUGUUUGAUAGAAAACAAUUAGAACUGUAUUUACCAAUAUUAUCAAACUUAUUUAUUACAGUAUAAUGAGACUAGUUGAGUGUUGAAGCAAAACCGUCUUUUUUUAGUUCCCCGAAUGCUAUAUAAAAGUUGUUUACAGCACGAAGUUUAUUUUUCAGAGAAUUAUAACUAGUUUCCCAUUUGUUAAAAUACUCUUUUAAACAAUAUCCCUUUUGUUAUUUAUUUUUUCAUCAAAAAGCAAUAUAUUUGUACUUUUAAGGAAAGACACAUUAAGUAAUUAAUGUUGGCCGGUUAAGCAAGUUUUUUCGACGAGUUGAAUAUACAGUGGUGAAUAAACUAGCGAGGGA